AAGGAAUCGAGCGAUUUAUUUAACGGGUCGAAUUUCACAACUAUAAAAAGUGACUGGAUUUUUAGGGAAGAUUUUCAAAACAAUCGAUUUCAGUGACAUCUACACAAAUGAAUGACGAAAGCCCCGAUUUUCGUCUGCUUUGCUUACGUCAUGUUGUCACAUGCAGUUGUGUUGCUAAAAGUUGUGUCGAUGAUCAAUGGACACAAUUAUAAUCAUAAAUAAUAAAGAAAAUAGAACCGGACGGACAAAGAUACGCCUCUCAUUGGGUCUGAGAGGCAAAAUCUAAAUAAGAUACACCAAAAUGAAAAUGCUGCAGUCAAGUGGGCUAUUGUUUUCUCUUGAGUCUUGAAGUGGCAGAGACUGCUGAAGAAGUGGUUAGAUAGGGUUCUUUAUUUUUAUGACUCAUGAGAGUGCUAAAUAAGUACAGAAGUAUUGCGAACAGCUGAUAAUCAGCUUCUUGAGUUUUGAUCGAAAAACAAGUUGUGAAAUUGUGUGAGGGCAAUCUUAACGAAUCGGUGAUCCGAAAAACACACAACCCAACAAGUACGCUUAUCCAUGUCCGAUUAUGCGCCUAUGAUACAUGAGUCGAUCGUUACUUUCUGAAUAAUUGAGGAGGAUUGUUAUAGAUUAUUAGGACUGAAAUGUUUGUCCUCCGUUCUCAGCUUUGUGUAUUCUCUCGUUGCUCUGGCAACGUACAGAGGUAUGAAUUUUACCUUAGAAUGCGGAACAGAUGAAAAGCAGGUCCUUCAGUUACAUCUUGAACGCACUGCGGACAGAUUUAACAAAAAAGUUCUCUUGUUUUCAGAUAAAAUAAUCGCUUACGUAUAACGCAAUCUCUACAAAUCAUGGUCUAUUCGCAACGUGAAUGCAUUUCCAUUCAUAUCGGACAGGCUGGUGUCCAAAUCGGGAACGCGUGUUGGGAGCUCUUUUGCCUUGAACAUGGAAUCGGAGCGGAUGGACAGAUACCAGAAGACCGAUCCCCUGGAUUGGCAGACGAUACCUUCAACACAUUUUUUAUGGAAACAGGAGCUGCUAAACAUGUUCCGAGAGCAAUCUUCGUCGAUUUGGAACCUACCGUUAUCCAUGAGGUUAGAACCGGAACAUAUCGCUCACUUUUCAAUCCGGAGCAACUGAUAUCUGGAAAAGAGGAUGCUGCUAAUAAUUAUGCUAGGGGUCACUACACGGUAGGAAAGGAAAUCAUAGACUUGACCGUGGAUAGGCUCCGAAAAAUAGCGGACCAUUGUCAUGGCUUGCAGGGAUUUCUGAUAUUUCAUUCUUACGGCGGUGGAACAGGAUCAGGAUUCACAUCAUUGCUCCUUGAGCGGAUUGCCCUAGAAUAUGGGAAUAAAAAGUCUAAGCUAUGUUUCUCCAUCUAUCCGGCCCCACAGGUAUCUACCUCGGUUGUGGAGCCUUAUAAUAGUGUGCUAUAUACCCAUACGACCCUUGAGCAUAGUGAGUGCAGCUUCAUGGUUGACAAUGAAGCAAUUUACGAUAUGUGUCGUCGGCAAUUGGAAAUUUUGAGUCCAACUUAUACGAACUUGAAUCGCCUUAUUAGUCAGCUAGUUUCUAGCAUCACAGUAUCUCUAAGAUUCGACGGGGCACUUAAUGUGGAUCUAAGUGAAUUUCAAACUAACUUGGUACCUUAUCCAAGAAUUCACUUUCCAUUGGCAACAUACGCACCCUUUGCACCUGAAGGAAGAGCAAAUCAUGAGAAAAUGUCAGUUGAUGAUAUUACCAAAUCGUGUUUCGAUCCCGGACAUCAAAUGGUUAAAUGUAAUCCAGCAAGCGGAAAGUACAUGGCUGUUUGCCUACUUUACCGAGGAGAUGUAGCGCCUAAGGAUGUUAAUUUUGCUAUAGCGCAAAUCAAAGCAAUGAAGACCGUACACUUUGUCGACUGGUGUCCUACAGGAUUUAAGGUUGGAAUCAAUUAUCAGCCUCCCUUUGUUAUCCCAAAUGGAGAUUUGGCUCAAGUCACACGAGCAGUCUGUUGCUUGAGCAACACAACUGCUAUCGCAGAAGCAUGGGCGAGACUUGAUCGAAAGUUUGACUUGAUGUUUGCUAAACGAGCUUUUGUUCACUGGUAUGUCGGCGAAGGCAUGGAAGAAGGAGAGUUCGUGGAAGCUCGCGAAGACCUCGCUGCCCUUGAACUAGAUUAUCAAGAGGUGGCUGAAGGUUUAGUAGAUGAAGAGGAAUACGAAGAAGAUUAGAUCAUUAAAAAUUAAAAGCACUCUAGCCUACAUCAAACACAAAAAUGGUGCUUGCACAACAAAAAUUAUGUAACUGCCAUUCGAGAUCACUCGAAGUCAACGUUAGAAUAAUACACCAACGUACUUGUGACGUUAAAUAAAACCACAA